AUGUUCGCCACGAAGCCUCUGAGCUCUAUCAAAAAUGCCAUUCCCUCGAUCCACCAACCGCUACCCCUCUCAUCGAGGGAGUCCCAGAAGCUACUCAACGUCCUGAAGGCUUCGUUCCGCAAGAACCUUGACAAAGAGCAUGGCUACGCUCCCGAGAUUGGCGACUUGUCCGCGGCCAAGGCCACCUCCUCAACACACUCUUCCUCCUCGCGCGAUACUCACCGUCGCCCAACCGACCAACAUCUUCGUUCCAUUCUCUCCAACCCACUAUUCAAGAGCGGCGCUCAGCUCAGCAGCGUUCCCUCUGCAACUCCUAGAGACCCUAUGGAUGUUUUCGAUGACGCGGUGUCGCGAGGCAUGAUGACAAGGAAAGCUGCAACAGGCUGCCUCAAGACGAAACGAAUGCAGAUUCUCCAGUCGAGCGCUCUCUCAGUUCAAGACUCUAUGAUGGCAUCUACAGCUGGUCUGCGGGUGGUUCAGUGGUUGAGAUCAUCCGGCCAGGAACGGACGCUGGAUUUCCUCGGAGACCAGAACCUUACUCGUGAGCUCAUACCGUUCAUGGUUGCCGAGGGACUGGAAGAGGUUGCGUGGUCGUGGGCGGACCGGACAAUCCGCGGUGAAGGGCCCGCAGACGAGAGGGGCAAGGUUGUAGGAGCCUUGGUCGCCCACUUGGUGGCUGCCAAGGCAAACGUGGAAGACCGCAAUCUAGAUACGGCAUUUUCAGCGAUACUAAGAGCAGAGUCCACUUGGAAGGCGGAAUCACAAUUACCCCGGAUUCUCCUGUCUCCCUUCCUCGUUCUCUCCUGGCAGUCGACAGUCGAGGCAUGGAAGCGGCCACAGCCAUCCACGCCGCUCUUUGACUCCUUCGUUGGGACUGCCAACUACAUUUUGCACCCACGACUUCACCUCGCACAUUUGGACCUUCAUCAUCCCACUAACCCCAGCCACGAAAAGGCUUUGGUGUACCUCAAUACUGGCCGAGACAGCCUGGAGGGCGACAGCGGUCUGGCUAGGAGACUUAUGUUAAUGGGAAUGGAUGCCGUCAGCCACCUCACCAUGCUCGGCCGGACUGAGGAGGCCAAUGGAAUCCUGCGCCUGUUGCAAUCAAAAAUCUCGAAGGAUUUAUGGCAGAAGCAUCGGUCAAGGGGCUUGAUGAGUAUGUGA